UGUGCAGCGGAGGAGGAAAGGAGGAGAGACUGCUGAGGAGGAGACAGAGGGGACCCUGAGACAACACGUCCCACGCCAGAGCCAGACAGCCAGGGAACUUUGAUUUGACGCCAAGUGUCGCCUGCGAUGACAAUGACGGUGGAGAGAGACGGCCACGUUCCUCGCGUCUCCUCUCCACCUCGCGCCGCUUUGGAGGCUUAGAUAUGUCGGGCGUGCGCAACAUAUGAUGUCCCUUUGACUCCCGUGCUCAAUGAAGAUUUAUUUGUUUCCGAUCUCCCUGCUCGAGCCGCCGAUGGUGCCGCGUCGCCGUGCGUCCUGCGCUUAGGUCAGCCGAAUGAAUCCGAAGGCAGCGUGAGCGCAUUGUUUCCAGCUCCGUUGCAUAUGGGAUUUCCAGCCGUGAUGUCUGCAAUAUUUCGCUCUUUGUUUCUGGUUCUGCUCAGCCUGCUGUCAGUCGGGGCUCAGACGGAGAUGAAGAAGGUUGUUGGGGACAAUGCCACCUUGCCAUGCCACCACCAGUUCCAGUCGUCUGGCUCGCUUGACAUCGAAUGGCUACUGCAGAAACCUAGUUCCAAACAGAAAGUGAUUAUCACCUUUUUCGGGGGCCAGGUGUACACCAAUGAGGCGACAGGGAGCGACGCCAGCCGCCUGUCCUUUGCAGGGGAGUACCUGGGUGGCGACGCCUCCCUGCUGAUCAGUGACCUGCUGGAGACCGACUCGGGGGAGUACUACUGCAAAGUCAAGACUGGGGGAAAGUACCACUGGAGCCAGGUCAACCUCAUCGUGCUGGUCAAGCCCUCCAAGCCGACGUGCUUAAUGGACGGCAAACUCCAGGAGGGCAGCGAUGUCAAGCUCAGCUGUAAAUCCAACGACGGCUCGGAUCCCAUUAGCUACAAGUGGGAGCGAGUGCUGGACAAAGGCAAGAGUCUGGGCAAGCUGCCAAACCUGGCACUGAUAGAUCUCAAGAACCCAGAGAUUGUGACUCUGAGGAAUCUCACUAUGGACAGCACAGGUGUCUACAGGUGCACAGCAAGCAAUGACGUGGGGGAGGAAAACUGCACCAUCGAGGUCACGAUGCAGCAGGUGAGGGACGUAGGGGUGGUAGCAGGUGCAGUGGUGGGAAUACUCCUCGGUGUCAUCAUUGUCAUAUUAAUCAUCUGGCUUGUCUUCCGGAAGAAAGAGAAGAAGAAGUACGAAGAGGAGGAGACUCCAAACGAGAUCAGGGAGGAUGCCGAGGCUCCCAAAGCGAAGCUGGUGAAGCCCAACUCCCUGUCGUCGUCCCGCUCCGGCAGCUCGCGCUCCGGCGCCUCCUCCACCCAGUCCAUGGUGCACAACAGCGCCCAGCGCGGCCACCGCCCCCGCCCGCCCGCCGUGGCGGCCCUCAAGGAGAAUGGACAACCUCCGGGCUUCCCCCAGUCCCCUCCAGCCUACUCCGCAGUGGUGCCUCCCAAAACCCCCGAGCUUCCUGCCACUCCCAAAUUCAACUCCAGGAACAUGUCUGGGCCCACACCCCCGACCCUCAUGGUCCCCGCCCAGACCAAGGCCUUUCAGACUGUGUAGGACUGAAAGCCACGCGCUUCCUGCAGCCAUGAUAAGACUCCCAUCCCUGCCCAGUGCCCCCCCCCUUAGUCCACCUCCCUCUCCCAAAGACUAAGACUCUUCUAUAAACAAAGAAAUGCAACUAGUAAAAAGGAUGUUAUUAAAAGAAUCAAUAUUAUAAAUCCAAGAGUACUUUUAAUGAAUGCAUACUUAAAAAGGGAAAAUAAGACAUGCUUGCCCCCCCUUCUGAAUUUCAUGAAACAACGAGAAAAGAAUAAGCAGAGACCAAGAUGUAACACUGUUUUGUGUCUCGCGGCUAAAGGCAGAACUUAUUUUCUGAGCUUCUUCUUCUUCUUCUUCUUUGGAAGAAACAGAGAAGCACCAUGUGCAGUACGGUGGAAUGAAGAAGCCCUCCCCCGCUCCACCCGUAGUAGGGCUUUUAUUUAUUUAUCAAAUUGAAGGAUUGGCAUGCAGUACAGUAAAGGAACAAGUGAAGGGAAACAGUAAAGGCCAGAAUGAUUCCAAACUCUGAAGCAGGCAGGUACCAUUGGAGCGACGCCGGACGGAAAAGAAGGAGGAAGAAAACGCUAGAUUAUAUGACAGCAAUUGAGCAGUUUCUUCUUAUUUCUCUCUGUCUUGGAGGACUGGGGCGUGGGGGUGAUUCACUGAGUCGUGUCACUCUGCUCCUCCGUCUUGCUGCUUCCAGCACCUGCUCUGAAACCACAACCCCCCUCCUCCUCCUCCUCCUCCUCCUCCUCCUCCUCCCUUUCUCGCCUCCUGUGGACCGGGCAGACUGUGUCCAUCCAUGUGGACGGACACAGUGUGCAUCAUCUGCCUCAGCGCUCUCGGUCUUCCCUGCUCUCACAAGGAAAACACGAGGAGCCACGGCGGUCCUGAGACUGAGUCAGCCGGCUCGCAAACAGCUCGUCUGCUUCACCAAUCAGCAGGGGACACUUCAGGUACACGGAUGUAGCAUCGACGGCCAAGUCGGAUCAAUGGACUGCCGCCCUCCUCCGCAUCCUGUCUGCAUCUCUGGACGUCCUUUUCUGGUACUGAAUAUCCUCCCUGAAUAAUUAAAUAGUAUUUAUUAGGCCUAUAGUGAUACAUAUAGGGGAUAAGCAUCUAUUAGACCCGCCGGACUUGUUUUUCUUUGGUUUCCAUUGUACUGCACCUCCUCCCUCUGAACAGGUUGUAAAGGGUGACAGACAGCCAUGUGUUCAUUCAUCCAUUUUAAGAAGUGCCACCAAUCCAAGGGAUGGUUUGCUAUUAUUAUUAUUUUUUGCUUUUCUUUUUAAGUGUUUAUUCAUUCUGUUUACCUCUGCAUUUCUGAACUGAAACCAAAAUCUGUCACCAUGAAUGUGUGAUGUACAAAGAUGGUGGAUCCCAUUACUUUCUGCCUCCUGUAAGGUACCGAAUCAAUACUUCAGCUAAAGGCACAAAGGACUGACCUUGACGCUCAGUUUUACUACUAUGUCUGAAUGAGGGGAGCGCUGAGUAUGAUUUCCAGAGAGUUCAGUUGUAUAUGGCAUACACGGUAUCAUCGUCAGUAUUCUCCUCGGAUCCAUAACAAUGAAGUGGCACUCGAUUGCUGUCUCACUGCCUGGUUAAUGGGCGAGAUGUGUCUCCCUUUUUUGUCAUAUCCUCAGACAGACCCAGUGCAGUUUGAUUGAAAGUAGCUGAAAAAAAAGGGCAAGUAGCCUAUCUAGUGUGCCUUUGCAAUCCCUCCCUCCUUUGAUGGUUGUUUUUUUUUUUUUUUUUUGUCCUUAUCUUCAGAACACCAGUGGUUAAGUGUCUGUUCACACUCAGCUUUUGAGGGUCAAUAGCAGCAAAUACUGAGAGGUGCAACUUCACAAGGUUGUCCGAGUAAAUACCAGGCGCUCAACCUCUCGAGUGAACUGUCAGUGGUGAGAACGCAGUCCCGUGCCACAGGACAAUGUACUGUACAUUCUGUAUUCAGUCUUGUUUUAUAUUGUACAUACAGAGAGAUAUACGCACAUGAUGUCAUUCAGUUUAAUAAGAGAGGGCGUGAAGGGAAGAUUUCCUCCUUGCAAACAUUCGGCUGAGAGAGCCUGUGAGUUAAAGUGAAGCCAUGUGUUUUUCACACACGUGCUGUGCUCGAAGAAUAUACCAUGUGAAGUCUAAGUUUCCUGUGAGAGUCAAAUUGAAGGAUUAUAAUGAAUACUUUUCGGAUGAAGCUGCACAUUUUGUUCUAAAGUGAAAUAUAAUCACAAGAAUUUGCCAUCUAUCCACAAGAUGUGUGGAUUUUUUGAGUAAUCCCUGCAUUUCUUCUCAUGAUUGAAUUUUUAAUCAGCACCAAAGUGUCCAGAAAACUAAACGCCCCUCAAGUUCAGCUUGGGCGAAACAUAUAUAAGAAUCUAAUACAGUUGUUUAAUGACUGUUGUUCAUCUUGCAGCUCAUAAUGAACAUUACUCCCCUCUGUGGGCCACUGAGCAGACUUCACUGUUAUUUUACUGAUUAAUAGUUGUUUGCAGCUCAAGUAAAAUCUUUCAAACAGUAUGAAGCAAAUUAAUAACAAAUGCUUUGAAAACCAGCAUCUGUCUGAAAUACACAUGGGGUUUGUUUUCAGAUAUGAGACUUUGCACGUGACUUAAGGGUGAGGGAAAUUUGGAGAAGAAAAAAAAUGCCUUUUAUAUUCCACAAGAGACCGCAGUUCAUAUUUGACCAGGGAAGUUACUGUGAGCGUGUGUGUGUGUGUGUGUGUGUGUGUGUGUGUGUGUGUGUGUGUGUGUGUGUGUGUGUGUGUGUGUGUGUGUGUGUGUGUGUGUGUGUGUGUGUGUGUGUGUGUGUGUGUGUGUGUGUGUGUGUGUGUGUGUGCGUGCGGCUGAGUAUGUGUGCUUCUGUGCAUGCAUGCAUGUUUGUGAAUGUGUGUGAGUGUGUCUGUGUGGGUGUGUGCAUGUAAAUUCAGUAUAAGCCCUUGGGCCACACCCACACAUUCUCAUGUUAGCCAUUCACUGAAUGAGAAGGAUCCAGUCAGGCAAAGUAACCUCUAUCCAAACUGAUACGACUGCAGAUUGACGGUGUUUAUUUAGUUUUCACUGACUUGUAUGCCGAUUGAACUCUGUUUCGCGGGCGGCAGUCAUGUUUUUGCUUGUGGGGGUGGCGUCUCGAGAAAAAAACAUGUCCAUAAUUCAUAGCUAUCAUCAGCUCUGGAGGCCGCUUGUAUGCUCCCUCCCUCCUCUUGCUGUCUCGUACCAGAGAAUGCACUUGGCCCUGAGUGUGCUGAUGUCCUCUCAAGGCACACACACACGCACACACACAGACACACAAACGCAAAGAUUCUCACAGUUAAAAAGUUGUAUAUACUUGCACAAGCCACUUCUGGGUGCCGCUGUGCGUUUCAUGUACAUUCACAGUUGCGUAUGUCCUCAUGAACACACACACACACACACACACACACAGAAGCAAAGAUCCAAACAGCAUCUUUGUUGUUUUUGUUUUUUCAGAAUCAGUUUGAUGGAUCGAAUGUCUGGAUGGAGAUAUUACGACUGACUGAUAGAACCAAGAUACUAAAUGCACCACAGAAGGGGACACUCCACACUGCAUUACCCAGGACACACACACACACACACACACACACACACACACACACACACACACACACACACACACACACACACACACACACACACACACACACACACACAGAUUUUCAAAACCAGUUACUGUAACAGGACUCCUGCAUGCAGGCACACUUGCACUCAGAAAAGACAGACACUGCUAUGCAUCUCAACGAUCUGGAUAGCACACGCCUAAAGACUUUUCCAUGGGAAUCUGCGAGAGUAAUACUGGGAAUCAGGAGGGGUAUAACAGGAUUGAUACUGAGCCAGGGCUCCAGGCUCCUGCCAUUGAAAUUCCCACCACCACAAAUGAAAGUAGCAGUGGAGGUGGAGGAAGGUAUGCAAGUCUUCCAGCUGUUAAAUUCCCCCAAGCUUUUUUGAUUUGCUUUCCUGCAUCUGCAACUCUCAGGUGGCAGAUUCCCCAGUUUAUGAGCCCUCGCAUUGCAUCUCUCCUCUCAAGUGUGCAGCUUUGUGGCCCGUCAAACUUGUGCUCUUUCCAACAAAUUAAUUUUAAGGUGCUUUGUCAGUUCAGCAGAGUGCAGGGGGAAAGUCUUAACACACCUCAGAGUGUCAGCAGCACAUCUAAUAUCCUUUAAAACAGAGUCCAUCAGCUCUAUAUAUUGUCUUAUUAACACUCAACGGUGCAGUAAAAUCAUUAAUGGUUAUUCUUCGUUCUACAAUAGGAGUAGAAAUCUCAUGUAGCUGCAAUGUUUUAUGUUCUAUCAAGCAGUUUUAUUUCUGAUUAAAGCUGUUGAGCGGGGCAAAGUGAUGCUCAGACUUUAUGGUUAGGCCUUCUAUGUCCGUAUAAGGGAAUGUGAUGUAUUAUUACUUUUAAGAGCAAAGAUGAAUGGGGCAAAAUCCGAGCUUAGGUGGGAAUCCUAGAUAGAGGGAAGGAAAGCAAAGGUCCCUGCAUGUGAUAGGAGAUUGAGCAGAUGAACAGGAAUGCUUUGCUUUGAUGUAACAUAACUGUAAUCAGAUAAAAAUUCAAAAAAAUGUAAAAGCAUUAAAAAAAAAAUUAAGAAAAUUUCAAACUGUAAAUAUAUCCACAGAAAAAAAAAUUCUGAAGCUUUAUUUUUGCCUUUUUAUUUUGACUUUUUCAUCUAUGUACUUUGCACUUUUUUGUGUGCUAUACUCAUCACUGGCCUGAGUGGGAUCUGUGUGGUUGGCUGUUUCUCCUGACUGCAUUAUCUGGAUGUCGGGGGAAGACACGCUCAGCACGGCGUUACUAAAGGGAAAUGUACGACACUUUACUUUUCUGUUCUCUCAUCUGUUUUUCUGACGUGGCUUCUCCUUGGUUUUUGUAAAACGGUAUUGAUUCUUUCUUUAUUUUUGAUUUGUUUGAUGAAAACAAUCCAUGUAAAUAUCACAAGUAAAAAAAUGUAUAUUUUUACGACCUCUGAGUUAUUACUUUCAUUUGCAAAUAAAAUAUUCAAUGACAA